AUGGCAGACGAUUUACCGAAGUCAGAAGCAACACCAGAGGCUUCUCUCGCAUCUCCUACUAUGGACAAGGCUCCCAAUAGCAACCCCUCCACAGCCCAGCAACCUCCAGCGAUUGACGCGCCUCAAAAAGAUGUUGUCAUGUCCGAUGCGCCAGUUGAGCAAGCCGCAUCACCGGCCCCGGCCAACCUAGCUCCCAGUCCAGCUCCCGCACGAACAGGUACACCAGCUCAAGGCUCUCGUGCUCCAUCUGUACAUCCAGACCCUGGUUUUACUAUGCCUUCAGAGGCGCCGGCGCACGGUGACUCCACAAGAAGAUAUUUAAACACCAAAGUCACUGGAGUAUUGCUCGAGGGUAUGAAACAAUUAGCAAAAGACCAACCAAAUGACCCUUUACGAUUUCUGGGCGAGUAUCUUAUUCAGAGGUCAAAGGAAUUAGAAAGUACAAAUUGA